AAAACUUUGAACAAAAAGUCAUUCAAUUUCAUCAAAAUCAAACCACUCCCACUUCGAAAUAAAUCCUUAUAUUUUUUUUCUCUCUCAUCACAAAAUCUUGAUUCCCUCUGUCUCUCUCCCUCUUCGUUUCGCGCUCUUGAUGGAAGUCGCAAUCUUCCAUCACGAGCACAGAAUUUACCCUUUCAAAACCCUAGUCUCAUCCUGAACAGCAAAACCGGAGCAAAAGAAAAAGAGACCUUCCUCGCCUUCUCCAAUUCGCUGCGAGUUUGGAUUGGAACGGCGGCGAAUUUUACAAAGGACAAGAUGUUUGGCGCGUGGAAUAAUAUAGCGAAAUCGGCUGAGGCGGUGUUUUCUCGGUGGGCGGUGAAGAGGGUGUUUAAAUUCUUGUUGAAAAAGAAGCUUGGGCAAUUUAUUUUAGGGGAUAUUGAUUUGGACCACCUUGAUGUUCAGCUCACUGAAGGCACCAUCCAGCUCUCUGAUCUCGCCCUUAACGUCGAUUAUCUUAACCAGAAGUUUGGUCCAGCAGCAUCUUUGGUUAUAAAAGAGGGGUCCUUAGGCUCUUUAUUAGUUAAAAUGCCUUGGAAAGGUAAAGGAUGUCAAGUCGAGGUUGAUGAACUUGAGCUAUUGCUUGCUCCUUGUUCGAAGAAUCAUUUUUCAACUGCAGAUGAAAAUUGUAGUUCUAGUGAUGAUGGUAACCACUAUAUGCACAACGGCUUGGGGAAAUUUUCAAAUGACAUGGCAGGAAGUGCUGGGAAGUCUGAGGAUGUCCAUGAAGGUGUAAAGACUAUUGCAAAGAUGGUAAAAUGGUUUCUUACCAGUUUUAAUGUAAAGAUUAAAAAGUUAAUUGUUGCAUUUGAUCCAUCAAUAGAGAAGGAUGAAAAAGUGGGCUGCCACAGGGCUUUGGUGCUCCGGAUAUCAGAAACAGAAUGCGGGACUUGUGUUUCAGAGGAUGCUGGUUUAGCUUAUGAAGCUAGAGCACAGAGUUUUCUUGGAAUUAGUCAACUUAUGAACUUUGUUAAAUUCCAAGGAGCUGUACUUGAGAUCCUUCAUAUGGAGGAUGUUGACAAUCAAUCUUGCUCUCCACGCACGUCAGGAAUGACUUUUUCUGGAUUGUUUUCAGAUUGCUUGCCUUCAAAUGCUACUACUCCAAUCAUGUCAGGGAAAAGAGGUGGAUUUUCAGGGAAUUUGAUGCUAAGCAUUCCUUGGAAGAAUGGUUCCUUGGACAUUCGCAAAGUGGAUGUGGAUGUUUCUAUUGAUCCUAUAGAAUUAAGAUUUCAACCUAGCACAAUUAAAUGGUUCUUACUUUCAUGGGAAACUUACAAAAGUUUUGACAAAGUUGGGAGGAAUAUUAUGCACUAUGAGACAGCGGACUCUAUAUACUUAAAUUCCAAUUCUCAAUUCCAAUCAUCUGUACCUGCUGUGACUAUAAUCGAUAAUGUGAUAGCAAAUCAGGGUAGUUUUUCUGCAGAUUGUACUUCCUUGCAUGUGCAAGAACCUGUAGCUGAAGCUGUGCUACCUGGUUCACAUCUUAUACCUAAUUGGGUACCAAUUUCUGUUGGCAAAAGCCAGAGAGACUGUAUUGGAGAAGAAGUUGAUUUUGGGGCAAGUGUGGACCAAUUUUUUGAGUGUUUGGAUGGAAUGAGAAGUUCACAAUCAGCUUUGGGAAGCAGUGGAAUGUGGAACUGGACAUGUUCUGUUUUCAGUGCGAUAACUGCUGCAUCUAGCCUUGCAUCUGGAUCUUUGCAUGUUCCUUCUGAACAGCAGCAUGUUCUAACUAAUCUUAAAGCAGCCAUUGCUGGAGUUUCUAUUGUGUUGUCCUUUCAUGAUGAAGUUUGGGAUCGUUUGUCUAAUCUAAAUGGUGAUCAAAUCAAUAUCAGUUCCAAUAUUCAUUAUUUGGGCAUGGAAUGCAGGGAUGUCUCUCUUGUUGUGCAGGUUUGUCCUCAAGAAAUGAGGUUUGAAGGAGUAGUGAAGCAUGUUGAAGCUGCUGAUUAUUUGUGCUGUAAGAAGGAUGGGGGGCAUUGUGGCAAUAACAUUGACAGUCGAACUUGUUCAAUCAGAAAUCUGCAAGCUGAAGUUCAGCGUGCUCUCCCUCUGUUUUCCUCAUCUGCUGGAGAUCGAUCAUCUGAUGAAUUUGAUGGGUUUGUUUCUGCUGAUUUUCCAUUCAUAGGCAAGGGUGAUCUGGUCAAAAUUAUGUUGUUUACAACUUCUGGUGCCACUCAUUACCAAUGUACUGUGAGUUCUAGUUCAUCGGAUAGUAGUUUUUCAGGGCCAACAUCGUUCUCCUUGAAACUUCCACCUCUUAUCUUUUGGUUUAACUUCAGCUUGAUAAAGACUUUGUCAGAUCUCUUGAAGGAAGUUGGAAAAUCUGGUGAAAUGGGUAGUAAUAGUGAGAAGCUCUCAUCUGAUCAUUGCCAUGAGAAGUGUGAAUCAUCUCAUCGGCAUGUGAAAAGAGGUUCUGGCCCUAGCAUUACAACCUUGUCUUCAGCAGAAACUUUGCGAGGUAACAUAUCAAUCCCCAAUGCAAGAGUAAUUCUGUGUUUCCCUUUUAAAAGUGGUAAAGAUGAUGGAGGAUACUCUUCAUGGAAUCAAUUUAUUAUUCUUGAUAUUUCUUCACCAUCAACAUUGAAGGAUGGAAUGCAAGAUGAUAGUCCACAUUUUGAUGGAAGUUUGCAAAAGCGGUUUACUUCAUCUACCACAUGUUCUUUGCACUUGAAUAUUGGUAAUCUUUGCUUUUAUUUGGUUACAUCUACUCUUAAAAACGGUAUUGGAAUUGACCAUGGUGGUAUGCAGAAUCAUAAAUUUUCUGCUCAAAAGAUUUUGUCUGUCAGCAAUAGGACUGGGUGUUUUUCUGUCAUUAGUCUGUAUUGGCAGAAAGGUGAUGUGACUGGCCCUUGGAUAGCUGAGAGAGCCAAGUUCUUAGCAACUCUAGAAGAAAACAGGAGCGGAAAUAAAUGCAUGGGGAAAGGUUAUGAGUUUGCAACUGUUACUACUACUGUGAAAGAUCUGGAUGAUAUAAGUUCUCAAAUCCGACAGGAGAUAAUUUUCAGCUCUGCAUUUUUUAUUCACAUUCAUCUGUUUCCUGUUAUAGUUGAUCUAGACAGUUCUCAAUAUAGUGGCGUAUAUAACCUUUUAAACCAGAUGAUUACUGGAUUAUCAUGUUUCUUCCAUGAUGCAACCUGUAGCAAAGAAGAGCAUUCCAUGUCGCAAACUUCAGUUCUACUGGAAUGUGAUUCUAUAGAAAUUUUGAUCAGACCAGAUGCUAUUGAAAAUGCAAAAGGUCUAAUGCAGAGUGAGCUUCCAGGAUCAUGGGGUUGUCUGAAACUGAAAAUUCAGAAAGCUGAUUUGCUGUCUGUCUCAAAUAUUGGGGGUAUUACGUGUUCCAGUUUCCUAUGGUUAACCCACAGUGAAGGUACAUUAUGGGGUUCAGUCUCUGGGGUUCAAGAUCAGGAGUUUCUUUUAAUCUCAUGUAGCAACUCAACAAUGAAACGCGGUGAUGGAGGAGGUUCCAAUGCUUUAUCAUCUAGGUUGGCUGGUUCAGAUAUUGUACACUUCUGGGAGCCAGAGAGGUGCCAAGAUUUUACAUCUAUAACUGUGAGAUGCAGCACAAUUGUUGCGGUGGGUGGUCGUUUGGAUUGGAUGGACGUGAUAUCCUCCUUUUUUAGUUUGCCCUCGAUGGACUCUGAACAAUCGGUUGAUAAUGGUUUACAGAAAAGAGACUUGGACACACCCUUUCGCAGAGUUUCUUUUGUUCUUAAAUUGGUUGAUGUUGCCUUGAGUUAUGAGCCGCACUUAAAGAAUUUGGCUUUUCAUAAUGGAGUUCUUGCUUCAGAGUCUGCUUCUUUAAAUGCCAGAGAAGACUUGUCCGAACCCUAUGUAGCUUGCCUCUUAGCUGCAUCUUCCUUCAGUCUUUCGAAUUCAGUCCUGGCAGAUUCCAUGUGUAGUGAAUAUAAUAUUAGAGUACAAGAUCUGGGUCUUCUUCUUCGUGCAGUCUCAGAGUGUGACAAACUUGGGGGUACUUACAGUGUUGAUCAACUUAAUCAGUGUGGUUAUGUUAAAGUUGCUCGGGAGGCACUUAUUGAAGCUGUUGUGAAAACUAACUGUAACAAUGGCCUUCUCUGGGAGGUAGGAUGUUCUAAAUCUCAAAUUUAUGUGGAAACCUGCCACGAUACCACAUCUGGUUUGAUUCGCUUGGCUGCUCAACUCCAACAGUUAUUUGCGCCUGAUCUGGAGGAAUCAAUUGUCCACUUACAAACACGGUGGAAUAAUUUUCAGCAGGCACAACAGAGGAAUGAUGAGAAAAGUAGUGUCUUAAGUUGUGACUCUGGCCCAUCAACUUCUCAAAUUCAUACUUCUGAUGUAGAUAUAGAGAGUAAAUGUGGGGUGAUUGGCUUGAUGGAUGAGAUAUGUGAAGAUGCAUUUUACUUGGAUGGAAAUAAGACCUUCCAGUUUAAUUCUUCUGAGUCUCAAUUUCACCUUCCCCUUGAGGAAAGUGUUGCUGAAGAGGCUUGUAGCUUAAGUUUUGAAAAUGCUGAGAUGUUUUCUCAUGAUCUACUUGCAAAUGUGGUAGGUCUUGAAAGUAGUCAAACUUCCAUUUUACCAAAAGGUUGUACCCCAGAAUUCAUAGAAAAUUACUGCUUAUCUGACUUACGCCCCCUUACAGAGUUAUCUACCAGAAUAAAAUCAUCAAAUGAGGUCCUUAAAUACAAAUCCAUACUUGUGGGGGAGGGAGAUCUUGAAAGGGAGAAUUAUGGGUGGUAUAACGAUGCUUGUUUAAGAAUUGUAGAAAACCACAUUUCAGAACCAAGUGAGCAAGCUGGUUUGAAACAAAUUGUGGAAGGCAAACUUUCAUAUGGUGACUAUAGUUUACCUGAUGAUAAGGUCAAUGUCAUAGGACGUGUACUCCUUAAGAACAUUAGUGUUAGAUGGAGAGUGUAUGCUGGCUCUGACUGGUGUGAAACUAGCAAAGAUAAUAAGCAGUCCAAAAGUAUACAUGGAAGGGAUACAACUGUAUGUCUAGAGCUUGCAGUAUCUGGGAUCAGAUUUCAAUAUGACGUUUUUCCAGCAGGUGGAAUAUCUGUGUCCAAGCUUUCUCUUUCAGUCCAUGAUUUUCAUCUUUAUGACGAGAGCACAAAUGCACCAUGGAAACUGGUGCUAGGAUACUAUGAUUCGAAAGGUCAUCCUAGAGAAUCCUCUUCAAAGGCAUUCAAACUGGACCUAGAAGCUGUCAGACCAGAUCCUUUUACCCCCCUUGAGGAGUACCGGUUACGCAUUGCUUUCCUUCCUAUGCUAUUACAUCUUCAUCAAAGCCAACUUGAUUUUCUCAUCAGCUUUUUUGGUGAAAGAAGCUCAUCAAUUGACCAGUCUACAGGUUGUCCUCAAGAUCCUGAUCUGUUGGUAAGGAAGAGCGAUAAUCUUGCUGGGCGUGGCAUUGCAAAUGAAGCUUUGCUCCCUUAUUUUCAGAAGUUUGAUAUAUGGCCUUUUCUUGUUCGAGUUGACUAUACUCCCCACCAUGUUGAUCUGGCUGCACUGAAAGGUGGAAAAUAUGUGGAACUUGUAAACAUUGUUCCUUGGAAGGGAGUUGAGCUAGAACUUAAACACGUUCAUGCUGUUGGUUUAUAUGGUUGGGGCAGCGUAUGUGAAACAAUUAUGGGGGAGUGGCUGGAGGAUAUUUCUCAAAAUCAGAUUCAUAAAGUACUGCAUGGCCUUCCUACCAUCCGAUCCUUGGUUGCUGUUGGUGCUGGUGCUGCAAAGCUUGUUUCCUUGCCACUUGAGAACUACAGGAAAGAUCAGAGGGUACUGAAGGGAAUGCAAAGAGGUACAAUUGCAUUCCUCCGAAGUAUAUCAAUUGAAGCUGUUGGACUCGGUGUGCAUUUGGCAGCAGGGACUCGUGAUUUUCUGCUUCAAGCUGAGUAUAUGUUCACAAGCACCUCUCCUCCUGUAUCAUGGCCUUCACAAGGCAAGACGAAGACAAAUGUGAGACAUAAUCAACCUCAAGAUGCCCAACAAGGAAUUCAACAGGCUUAUGAGAGCAUCAGUGAUGGCUUAGAAAAAUCCGCCUCUGCUUUGGUUCAGACACCUCUGAAAAAAUACCAACGUGGAGCCAGUGCUAGUUCUGCAUUGGCAACUGCUGUUCGGGCAGUUCCUGCAGCUGCUAUAGCUCCAGCUUCUGCUUGUGCAAGUGCAGUACACUGUGCUCUCCUCGGACUCAGAAACAGCCUUGAUCCUGAACGCAAGAAAGAGUCGAUGGAGAAAUAUUUUGGUCCCACUCUGCCACAGGAUCAAAACUGAUCGUGUACCCAAUAGUAUAAAAAUUCUGGAGUAUUGUGAUUGACUGAAGAGUGUUCUUACCUCAACGACAAAGGGGAUUGUCAUUUAGCUCUAUUUUGCCUGGCUAGAGUUCCUCUUUUCAUGUGUACAGUUAAUGAAGCCAUCACACUGAUUCUUUCCCGUCGGAGACGGAUGAGGUGGUAAAUUUUGUACAAAAUGUAAAUAUGUAUAUUGGUAAUUUAUGAGCCAGAGUUAUUAGCUUUUAGCGACACAGAUGGAAGUCUUGUAAUCAUAGGCUUUCCUACUGAAAAUAGUGAGUUGUACAGUGUUAAUUCUUUUCCAGCUUCAGGCAACUGUGCAUAUUGCUUCAGCUUGUUGUACAUAAAUUCUUUGUCAUAUUUGUUAUUGAAAAAGAAAUGGGGAAAUAGGAAAAUCCAUUUCCUCUGUCAAA